AGCCUUAAUUCUGGUUGCGGUGGCUAGGUUGCACUGAAAUCGCACAAAACCCACUGAACCGGACAGUUUGCGAAAACCCGGCGAAGGCGGUUCCGUCCUUCGUGGAUCAGGGGUAAAACCGGAAAUCUGCAAAUUUGAGCGGACUCGAGGGUUUCUUCUCCCUUCUCCCCCUUUCUCCACCUCCCUAUUCCACCGCUGUUCCGCCGCAUCAAUUUAUUGUGCCUCAUCGCCGCCGGCGACGGGAUGCAGUAGGCCUCCUUCCGCCGAAGUCUUCUCUCUCCACGAGGCGUUGACCUCCUCUUCUUCCCCGUCAUCCACUGGUACCUGACCGACGUGGAGCGGAGAUCCAUCCGCACUGGGAUCGGUUUCCUCGUUCGUUGGUUGAAUCCCCUCGAGAACAAUGGCUGGGGGCACGGUGCUCUCCGAUGAGGAAGAAGAUGAUAUCGAGGUCGACGAGGAGGAUCCGCGGCCGUCGCGGAGGGGCAGGAACGAUAUGGACGAUCGCGACGACGAUGACGAGGAGGACGAGGAAGAGGAUGGCCAGGACGAAUUUGAGAAGGAUGGCUUCAUAGUGGAUGAUGAAGACGAGGAGGAAGACGAGGAAGGAGAGGAAGAGGAACAGAAGAGUGACGAUGAGAGGCGUAAGAAGAAAAAGAAAAAGAAAAGGGAAUCAGAAGACUUCACGCUUGAUGAGGAUGACUACAUGUUGCUCCAGGAUAAUAACAUCACUGGCAUCAGUCGGCCAAAGCCUGGAAACAAGUUUAAGCGCUUGAAGAAGGCUGGAAGGGAAUCUGAAAUGGAUGAGCGCUCUGGUUACUCAGACGAUGAUGGAACAGGGAAAAAGCGUACUGGCAAGGAGAGGGUUGAGUACAGCUUAUUUGGUGACCAUCAAGAUGCACCCUUUGAGGACAUUCUUGAGGAGGAUCAGCAGGCAGAGGAAGUUGAGGUUGUUGAAGACGAAGACGAUGAAAUGGCUGAUUUCAUUGUUGAAGACGAAAUCGAUGAGAAUGGCCAAGUUGUAAGAAAGAAGAAGAUUAAAAAGAAGUUACCACGACAAGCAGCAGGUGUAUCGUCAUCUGCUCUGCAAGAGGCCCAUGACAUAUUUGGUGAUGUUGAUGACUUGUUAGCACUAAGAAAGCAAGAUCUUGAGAGGGAAGCUGCUAAUUCCGGUGACUUGAGAGGGAAUAGGCUUGAAGACGAGUUUGAGCCAUUUAUUCUUGCAGAGAAGUAUAUGACAGCAAAAGAUGAGCAAAUAAAAGAAAUUGAUGUACCUGAGAGGAUGCAGUUGUCUGAAGAAUUGACUGGCUAUCCUUCAACGGAUAGCACGAUGAUAGAGGAAGAGAGCAUAUGGAUACACAAUCAACUAACUGGUGAUGGGUUUCUUUCCUUUUUUGGCAAUGAGCAUGUGAACAAGGAUAUUGACCAGAAGGACAUUGCUAACGUCUUGACCAUGUUACAUGUCAACAAAUUUGAAAUUCCAUUCAUUGCAAUGUAUAGAAAGGAGAAUUGCCCAAGCCUGUUCAAAGACCUUGAUUCAAAUGAACAGGGUAAUGAAAAUGAUGUGCCUAAAAUGAGGUGGCAUAAGCUGCUCUGGGCAGUUCAGACGUUAGACAAAAAAUGGCUGCUUCUUCAGAAGCGCAAGGUUGCUUUGGAGUUGUAUUAUGAUAAAAGAUUUGAUGAUGAGAAUCGGAGGAUAGAUGAUGUCACAAGGCAGGACCUAAACAGGCAACUUUAUAAUUCUAUCAUUGAAGCACUAAAGGAUGCUAAAUCUGAGAAAGAGGUGGAGGAUGUUGAUGCAAAAUUCAAUUUACAUUUUCCUCCUGGUGAAGUUGAAGAAGAAGGCCAAUUUAAACGGCCAAAAAGGAAAUCCCUGUACAAUAUUUGUCACAAGGCAGGGUUAUGGGAGGUUGCCAACCAAUUUGGUCGCAGUGCUGAGCAAUUAGGUCACCAUCUGACAUUAACAAAGAUACCUGAAGCAGGUGAGCUGGAUAGCGGUAAAGACUCUCCUGAAGAGGUUGCUGCAAAUUUCAUGUGUGCAAUGUUUGAAACACCACAAGAUGUUCUUCGGGGCGCGAGACACAUGGCAGCAGUUGAGAUUGGUUGCGAGCCUAUUGUAAGAAAGCAUAUUCGAAGCAUCUUCAUGAAUAAAGCAGUUGUGUCAACAAGCCCCACACCAGAGGGCAAUACCAUCAUAGAUCCAUAUCAUCAACUAUCAGGUGUUAAGUGGCUGAGAGAGAAACCACUGAACAAGUUUGUAGAUGCACAGUGGCUUCUUAUUCAGAAAGCAGAGGAAGAAAAGCUCCUCAAAGUUAACAUAAAAUUGCCAGAAAAUGCAAAGAAAGAACUCAUGUCUGAGGCUCGUGAGAAUUAUCUAAGUGACUGUGUGAGCAAGUCUGCACAAUUGUGGGAUGAGCAACGAAAGAUGAUACUGGAUGAUGCCUUCUUCAAUUUCCUUCUUCCAUCAAUGGAAAAGGAAGCUCGAUCGCUGUUGACAGCAAAAGCCAAAAAUUGGCUUCAUAUGGAAUAUGGGAAACAGUUGUGGAACAAGGUUACUGUUGCUCCUUGGAAGAAGAAGGACACAGAUAAAAAGGAUGCUGACAUUGAUCUGGAUGAUGAAUCGGAGUUGAGAGUUAUGGCCUGCUGCUGGGGUCCUGGGAAGCCAGCAACUACCUUUGUAAUGUUAGACUCAUCAGGAGAAUUGGUUGAUGUUCUAUAUGCGGGUUCUAUCAGUAGCAGGUCUCAAGGAGUUGCUGAGUCGCAGCGGAAGAAGAAUGACCAGCAGCGAGUUUUAAAGUUUAUGACUGAUCAUCAGCCACAUGUUGUGUGUGUGGGAACAUCAAACUACAAUUGCAGACAACUCAAGGAUGAUAUUUAUGAGGUUAUUUUUAAAAUUGUAGAAGACCAUCCGAGAGAUGUGAACCCGCAAAUGGAAAAUUUUAGCAUUGUCUAUGGUGAUGAGUCUGUACCUCGCUUGUAUGAGAACUCUCGAAUAUCUUCAGAUCAAUUUCCUGGCCAGUCAGGUAUUGUGAAGCGGGCUGUGGCACUUGGACGUUACCUUCAGAAUCCAUUGGCAAUGAUUGCAACACUGUGUGGACCUGGAAAAGAGAUACUUUCGUGGAAACUGCAUGCGCUUGAACAGUUUCUUACUCCUGAUGAAAAGUAUGAAGUUGUUGAGCAAGUAAUGGUUGAUGCAACAAAUCAGAUAGGUUUUGACGUUAAUCUUGCUGCUAGCCAUGAGUGGCAUUUUUCAACUUUGCAAUUUGUUGCUGGUCUGGGUCCACGCAAAGCUUCAGCUUUGCAGAAAGAUCUGGUAAGAGAGGGAUCCAUUUUUAGUCGUAAGGAGCUUGUAAAACCUCUAGGCAGGAAAGUAUUCAUGAAUGCUUCUGGGUUUUUACGUGUUCGACGGAGUGGUGCAGCUGCUGCCAGUGCUCAAAUCAUUGAUCUGCUUGAGGAUACUAGGAUCCAUCCCGAAUCAUAUGUAUUGGCAAAGAAUUUGGCCAAGGAUGUCUAUGCUGAGGUUGCACCACAUGAAGCGAAUGAAAUGGAUGAUGACGAGCAAGAGAUGGCAAUUGAGCAUGUAAGAGAAAGGUCAGAUAUGCUCAAACGUCUUGACAUUGAUGAAUAUAUAAAGAGUAUUUCAGAAGAAUUCCGUAAGAAGGAAACACUGCAGGACAUACAGAUGGAACUGCUGUGCGGGUUUUCUGAUUGGAGGAACCCCUAUACCGAGCCAAGCCCAGAUGAGGAAUUCUGGAUGCUUUCUGGUGAAACUGAAGAUACCAUAUCUGAAGGAAGGAUUGUUCAAGUAACUGUUCGUAAUAUACAAGAGAAUAAAAUUAUUUGCACUUUUGAUUCUGGUUUGAAAGCCAUAGUUAUGGCAGACAAUUAUUCUGAUGAUGGCUUUGACCCUGAGUCAUCACAGUUACAUGAAGGUGAUGUGUUAACCGGCAAAAUUAGGAAUGUUAAUAAAAAUAGGUUCAUGGUUUAUUUAACAUGCAAGUCUAGUGAAAUGAGGAGAAGACCAUACACCAGAGGUGAUCGGGAUCCUUACUAUCAUGAACAAGACAUGGCACCGACUGAACAAGAUAAGGCUCGAAAACAAAAGGAAAUUGCAAAGAAACAUUUCAAGCCCCGGAUGAUUGUUCAUCCUCACUUUCAGAACCUGACAGCGGAAGAAGCCAUGCAGUUUUUAUCAGAUAAAGAACCUGGUGAGAAGGUCAUUCGGCCAAGUUCUAGGGGACCAUCAUUUCUGACUCUUACCCUGAAAAUUUUUGAUGACGUCUAUGCACACAAGGAGAUAACUGAAGGUGGAAAGGAUCACAAAGAUAUCACAAGUUUGCUUCGCCUGGGAAAAACAUUGACAAUUGAUAACGAAACUUUUGAAGACCUUGAUGAGGUUAUAGACAGAUAUGUGGAUCCGUUGGUAGGACACCUGAAGAGCAUGCUCUCUUACCGUAAAUUCAGGAAGGGGUUAAAAAACGAGGUUGAUGAAAUGUUAAGGGUAGAGAAGGCAGAGAAUCCUAUGAGAAUAGUAUAUUGUUUUGGAAUAUCUCAUGAACAUCCAGGCACCUUCAUAUUGUCAUAUGUUAGGAGUACAAAUCCACAUCAUGAAUAUGUUGGGUUAUACCCGAAGGGCUUCAGAUUUCGAAAGAGAGAUUUCGACAACAUUGAUCGCCUCGUAUCGUAUUUCCAGAAGAAUAUUGACAAACCACCGCCUGAUUCUGGACCAUCAAUGCGGAAUGUUGCUGCAAUGGUGCCUAUGAAAAAUUCAGCUUGGGGUUCUGGUAGUGGUGUUGGUGGUGGAAAUGAUGGAUGGAGGGGAGAUGGUAAUAAUGAUAGGGGUAGACCUUUCUCUGGAAGAUCAGGAGGGAGGUUUGAUUCAAGGAACAGUUCUGGUGGUCGUGGACGAGAGCAUGGGCGAGGUCGAGGUAACUUUGGCAAUGACGACAAUGGUGGAGGUUGGAGUGGUAAUGGUGGUGGCAGCAGUGGGGGAUGGACUGAUAACAUUGGCAGUGGUGGAGGCGGAUGGGGCACAGGUGGCACUGGUGGCUCCUGGGGUGGUGGUGGUAGUACUGGCGGAGGAUCUGGAGGCGGGGAUGCUGGAUGGGGUGGAGCUGGCGGUGACAGCAACCGUGGUAGUGGUGGCAGUGGAGGAGGCUGGGGAGCAGCUGCUGGUGGCGCUGACAGUGCCGGUGGUGGUGGUAGUGGAGGUUGGGGAGCAGCUGCUGGUGGAACUGACGGUGCUGGUGGCUCUAACGACUCUGGUUGGGGCAGCGCCAAAAAGUUGGUCCCAGCACAGGAUGGUGGAAGCAGGUGGGGGUCCUCCGGCGCCGGUGGUGGCUGGUGAUGGGUGUGUCCUGCACGCCUGCUGCGUACAUCAGAUGAGAACUAUCUGAUGAAACCGUUUUCCUCCCUUUUAACAUUUGGCCUAUUUAUGCUAACUGCUGUCGAUGGAAGAAAACUACCACUUUUCUGGACUUGCAUUUUGGACGGCACUAUGUUUCAAUGCAUGUACAGUUCUAGUAAUAGUCACGGUAUCUUAUUACUGGCGAAUCUGAUCCCAGUAUUCCCAUCAUUGUAAGCUUAGCGUCAUCUUAACGUUAUUUUGCUGUGGUAUGUUGCUUAUAGUGCCAUUUUCAUUUACUA